AAUUAUGAAGGGAGGAAAAGAUCAGUCGGGGCAUUUUCGGCAUUGAAGUGCUCGGGAACCCCAAAUUAUUUGGCGCCAAUUUCUCAGCUCACUAUAUAAAAUAAAUAUUACAUUUCCGCCUUGGCCACAGGUUUCUUUUCUCAACUUCUGGAAAAAUGCAGCGUCAGAAGACGAUCCUCUCUUUCUUCCAGAAACCCGCGCCGGCCAACCUAAGCUCCGGCAGACAGCUUGUCUCUCAAGUUCCGGUGACGGAAUCGGCUUUGGAAAUCAUAGGAACCGACACUCCGCCGGAGAAGGUGCCUCGUCAGAUUUUUCCAGCCAGUUAUGUCGCAAAUGAGAGCAAAACCGAUUCUUCAUUGUUCUCGAGUAUUAUGCAUAAGUUUGUGAAGCCCAAUGAGAGGGAGAAGUUCCCCCAAAGGAACAAGCCACAUGGCAGCUGCGUGGACAUUUGUAUGGGCUCUGAACAGUCUAAUGAACCCAAACAAUUGUCUAAACCGGGAUUGGCUACUCAGCCUUCAGGAGAGAUAGGUGUUGUGAAAUCCAAUGGGAACGCUGAUCAAAGUUGCAUCGUUCAUGUUGGAAGUGAUGACGAUAUCCUUGGACCAGAAACGCCAGGAACACAACGUUUUGUUCCACGAUUGAAGCGAAUUCAAGAUGAUGAUCCUGCAUCCAAGGAUAAGUAUGACAGAUUGCUGGGUUCUAGCAAAAAGCUAAAACUCUCAGAGGAAUCAACAGGUUUGAAUAAGAAUCAUUGGGAAAUAUCUGACACGGCCAGCAAGUUUGAGUGGCUUGAUCCAUCUCGAAUCAAAGAUGCUAACGGGAGGAAGCGUGAUGACCCUCUUUAUGAUAGCACAACACUUUAUAUACCUGCUGACGCAUUGAAGAAAAUGUCUGCAUCACAAAAACAAUAUUGGAAUGUCAAAUGCCAAUAUAUGGAUGUCAUGCUUUUCUUUAAAGUGGGAAAAUUUUAUGAACUAUACGAACUAGAUGCUGAAAUAGGUCAUAAAGAGCUUGAUUGGAAAAUAACAUUAAGUGGAGUUGGAAAAUGCCGGCAGGUUGGUGUCCCUGAAAGUGGUAUUGAUGAUGCUGUUCAGAAGCUGGUUGCACGUGGGCAUAAAGUUGGCCGAAUUGAGCAGUUGGAAACAUCUGGAGAAUCGAAGGCUAGAGGUUCAAAUUCUGUAAUAUCAAGAAAACUAAUUCAGGUGGUCUCACCAUCAACUGCAAGUGAUUGUAAUUUAGGUCCUGAUGCUGUUCAUCUUCUUGCGAUAAAAGAGGGUAACUCCGAGCUGGAAAAUGGGUCAACUGUGUACGGUUUUGCUUUUGUAGACUGUGCUGCUUUAAAAUUUUGGGUUGGUUCCAUCAAAGAUGAUGCAUCCUUUGCUGGUUUGGGGGCUUUAAUGAUGCAAGUGUCACCUAAAGAAGUUUUGUAUGAAAGCAGAGGGUUGUCCAAAGAAGUUCAGAAAGCGCUCAGAAAGUACUCUUUAACAGGUUCUUCAGCUCCACAAUUGACUCCAAUGCAGUCAGCUACUGAUUUUGCAGAUGCUUCUGAAGUAAGAAGCUUAAUUCAGUUGAAAGGUUACUUCAAGGGGUCUUCAAAUAUGUGGGAUCAUUCUCUUGGCAAUGUGAUGCAUCAUGAUAUAACCUUAUCUGCUCUUGGUGGACUUAUCAAUCAUCUAUCUAGAUUGAUGUUAGAUGAUGUUUUACAAAAUGGGGAUGUAUUACCAUACCAAGUGUAUAGGGGUUGCCUCAAAAUGGAUGGACAGACACUGUUAAAUCUUGAGAUUUUCAAUAACAAUGCCGAUGGUGGUACUUCUGGUACAUUAUACAAAUAUCUUGAUAAUUGUGUGACAUCAUCUGGCAAGAGGCUUUUAAGGAGGUGGAUCUGCCAUCCACUGAAAGAUAUUGACAGAAUAAAUUAUAGGCUUAAUGCUGUUGAAGCUCUAAUGCAACAUUCAGAAAUUAUGCUAGUUAUUGCUCAGUAUUUUCGCAAGCUUCCAGACUUGGAAAGGUUGCUUGGACGGAUUAGGGCUAGUGUUAAGUCAUCAGCUACUCUGUCAGUGCCUGUAUAUGGAAAAAAAGUGCUGAAACAGAAAGUUAAAGUAUUUGGGACUCUAGUGAAAGGUCUCCGGGUUGGCUUUGAUUUGUUACUGUUAUUAGAGAAGGAAAGACAUGAGUUUUCUCUUUUGUCAAAAAAUUUUAGUCUUCCUCUUUUGAGUGGAAGUGGUGGGCUUGAUCAAUUUCUUUCCCAAUUUGAAGCAGCUGUAGAUAGUGACUUCCCUAAUUACCAGAAUCAUGAUGUAACAGAUAGAGAUGCGGAAAUUAUCUCUAUUCUGAUUGAGCUAUUCAUUGAGAAAGCGAGUGAAUGGUCCCAAAUUAUUCAUGCUAUCAACUGCAUUGAUGUGCUAAGAUCCUUUGCAGUUACAGCUAGCUUUUCUAGUGGGACAAUGUCAAGACCUGUCAUUUUGCCUCCAACAAAAAAUGCGACUUCAAAUGAAGAAGCCAGACAUCCUAUACUUAAAAUUAAAGGGUUGUGGCAUCCAUUUGCCUUUGGAGAUAAUGGACGAGUGCCUGUCCCAAAUGAUGUAGUCCUUGGUGAGGAUGCAAAUGGCUAUUGCCCACGCACUUUGUUAUUAACCGGACCUAAUAUGGGUGGUAAAUCAACUCUCUUGCGUUCCACCUGUCUAGCUGUUAUACUGGCUCAGCUGGGCUGCUACGUGCCUGGUGAAAUGUGUGUUCUCUCACUUGUGGAUACUGUAUUUACACGGCUUGGUGCAACUGAUCGAAUCAUGACAGGCGAGAGUACCUUCUUUAUUGAGUGCACAGAAACAGCAUCGAUACUUCACCAUGCAACUCAAGAUUCUUUGGUUAUUCUUGAUGAGUUGGGCCGAGGAACAAGCACCUUUGAUGGAUAUGCCAUUGCCUAUGCUGUAUUUCGACAUCUCAUUGAAAAAGUCAAUUGCCGAUUACUCUUUGCAACUCACUACCACCCACUGACAAAGGAAUUUGCUUCUCACCCACAUGUCCUCCUCCAACACAUGGCCUGCUCUUUCAAGCCCAAAUCUGAAUCAUUUUCCCAGAAUGAGGAGCUUGUUUUUCUAUACCAGCUCACCUCAGGAGCCUGUCCAGAGAGCUAUGGCUUGCAAGUGGCAACUAUGGCCGGAAUCCCGGAGAAGGUGGUCAAUGCUGCUUCAAAGGCUGGCCGAGAAAUGAAGAAAUCAAUAGUUGGAGAUAGCUUUAAGUCUAGUGAAGGGAGAGCAGAGUUCUCAACUCUCCACGAGGAGUGGUUAAAGAGUCUAAUGACUGUCUCACUGAUUGGAAAUUCUGGUUCUCCUGAUGAAGAAGAUGAUAUUUUUGACACGUUGCUUUGCUUGUGGCAUGAGCUAAAGAGCUCGUAUAGGUCGGGGCAAAUAAAGUGAAAAGGCACGUGUCUUGUCUCUUUUUUUAAAAAAAUGUAAAUUUGUAGAUCUGAUUAAUUACGAGUAUUAUGUAAGUUAGCUUUGAUAUGGGAAUCAUAAUCCUACUACCAUGCCUUUGU